GACGGAUUUUGUAAUCUAUCCAUGGUUACAUUAAAAUAGUCCCGUAUGAGUUAAGUAUUAAGUGUUUGUAAAUCGUCAGAGAUUUCUGAUGCUUGGUUGAUGAUUUUCUGCUCCUGGACGCGAUGCACGACGUGAAGUCGCUCCAGAUGAAUCGAUCGCCCCGCGCGCGCUCUGUAGUCCUGCAGCGAAGCGGUGGUUUUAAUUCACUUCCUCUUUAGACUACACGGUGUAUCGGCUGCUGUGUAAGUGAAUGCGACAACUGCAAAUCCAGUCAGUAACGAAAGACAAAAUAAUCUGUGCACAUCCUGGAUCCUGCUUUAUCUUACCUGUGGACAAUUUGAAACCUUUUUUUCCUUUUUUUUAACAAAUUGCGAACAAUAUUUUAAACCAGGACUUGCAUUGAAUAACUACACCAUUCAUAAUUUGCUGCCUUAGAUACAUAUAUGACUGUUAUAUGAUGUGAUUAGACCAGGCGCUGAACAUUACUGCAUCCACGUUGAUAAAAAAAAAUUAUGAAGACUACAGGAGGAUUUCAGUGUAUAUGUAUUUUGGCUUGAAUGCAGACAGUUAUUUACUGAAGAUAGUCUGGGUGUAUAACACGAAUGCUACUUUUCAUUGACGAAUUUCCUUUUCAUUGAGAACUUCAUUUGAGCUUGGUUCUGUUGACAAAAAGGAACUGGCAAAUGCAAUUCAUCUGAUAACCGAGCUUUGAUCUGGAUUUAUUAGCAACCUACCUAAGACACAGCUUAGUUCCUGAGAAAAGUAUCUGAGAGAUCAUGGCAAUCGCUAGCGAGCAAAGAGAGAUAAUUUGAGAAGAAAUGAACGGUAUAUGGCACUUCGCCACACUAGACUACUGCUGCGAGAGAGACUUACUGCUCCGUCGAUCCGAUAAAUGAUCUAUCGUUCUCAAAUAUUGUUUUACUGACGGCAACCCUGUGAGUUUUCUGAUGAGCCCGCGUAUUACGGGUAAUCGACAGCGUCACACUAUAACGUGCAUAUUUUAUGUUUGAACUCCCCUGAGGGCUUCCGAAGAGAGCCGAUUAACACUAACGUCGAGGGCUUCCGAAGAGAGACGAUUAACACUAAAAUCGGAAACCAAGCUUCAUCGACUUUUAUUAAAUCGACAGAGCAUGAGCGCUGAGCAGCAGAAUGCAACGGGGAACGAAGUGGGCAAGAUGGGUAUCAUUUCACUAGAUACGGGAGAAAAAAUGCUCGCGGAUUUGGAUACCAACAGUAGCCGGGUGAUCUAUUCCUCCAUGUUUGGAGUGCGAAGUAGUGGUAACAUAACUUUUAGUCCUGAAAUAAUUACAUUUAAUCCCAACAAUGAGAGCAUCGCCAGUUUUCAAUACGAACCGAAGUAUGACCUAGUAGUAAUGGUUUUAAUAUGUAUCUUCAUCGGCUCAGUGAUCGUGUCUAUCGUCAUUGGCAAUGUGUUUGUAAUAUCGGCUAUCAUUUUGGAAAAAAGUCUACAAGGAGUGUCGAAUUAUCUAAUUUUAUCACUGGCGGUGACGGACCUUAUGGUGGCGGUCCUCGUGAUGCCGUUGUCUCUGAUUGACGAAAUCAGCCUGCACUGGUAUCUCGGACCGUCCGUUUGCGACAUGUGGAUUUCUUUUGAUGUGCUGUGUUGUACGGCCUCUAUUCUCCACUUGGUCGCUAUUUCUUUGGAUAGAUAUUGGGCAGUGUCAAACAUUGACUACAUUCGACGACGAUGCACGAAACAGAUACUGUGUAUGAUUGUGGUGGUGUGGGUCGUUGCUAUAGCCAUCUCAAUUGCGCCCAUGUUUGGAUGGAAAGAUCCCGGAAGCAACCCCGAGGAGAGUGGGCUUUGUAAAAUCAGCCAGGAUAAAGCUUAUACCAUCUUCUCCACCGUUGGAGCAUUUUACUGUCCUUUGAUCCUUAUGGUUGUGUUAAAUAUGAAAAUUUAUAGGGCUGCACGUUCUCGCAUUCGAAAGAAGCAUAUCAAUGGGUUACACAAACCUAUUCAUGUGUAUCAAAGACCUUCUAUAACUGCUGCUGAUGCCACGACACGUCAUAAUAGUUCCGGAAGUGACAUCAGUCAAGAUGGUUACACAGUGUACAACGGGGUUAACCAGAACGAUGACCCAGUGUUCAAUGAAUCUGAACAGGACAAUGCACCGGAAGCGAACACGAGAUUUUUAGUGGUCCCUUCUAACGUUUACGUCUUAAAUAAACAACUGAAUCCCCCCAAAAGUACUAAUAACAAUAACAACAAGCAAAUUACUUACUAUGACAAGGAAAGACUUCGCAAAGCGAAAAUUGAAAUGAAAAGGGAGAGGAAGGCAGCCCGUGUGUUGGGGAUCAUCACAGGAGCUUUUAUCGUCUGCUGGCUCCCGUUCUUUCUGAUAGCACUUAUCUCGCCAUUUUGCCCUUCUUGUGUUAUUCACCAUGCGGUAGCGAGUGUUUGUCUGUGGCUGGGGUAUCUGAACAGCUUGCUGAAUCCUAUCAUUUACACAAUUUUUAAUCCGUCUUUUAGAAAUGCAUUCCGGAAAUUAAUCUUUAAGCGGUACAGAAGGAGGCGUUGAUGAAGUUGUGCAAUUUGUUUACAUUUAAUUCACCCACUUGUUGUGGAGAUUAAUUCGUAUAUUGAUGCUGGUUGAGGACGCGGGGCCCAGGAUCCUUUCUUUUCACAGUGAAUAAGACGUACGUAGAAUAGUCAGUUCUUGUAAUAUACGAACAAACUAAUCCAAAUUCACUAUUAUAUAUUCUUCUAAACAAAUGCUUGAGGUAUAAAACAUUUGGACCGAAUACCCAGAAUUCAUCACCUGUUUCCGUUGCUUGGCCUCAUAAUGCAUAAAUACAAACAGCCUAGCCAAAUUACUUGAUUUUAUUACAUGCAGUAUACAUUUUACGUCAUAUUGGAAGGUCAAUUGCGAAUCGGUGUUUUAUCGAAAAUUAUAAACAAUGAGAAAUCAAAGGUUUAUAACGAACAGAGUGUUUGUUGUAAAUUCAUUUGUCUGAAUGUUAACUAAUUGCUUAUUUUCUGUGAAGACAAGGUUUUGUUUCCACGAGAACAUGGAUUUUAUAUCGUCUUUCAAAUAUUAUAGUUUUACAGAUGAAUAUGAUGUAUGUGCUGAUUAAGAUAUUAUAUUUCAUAUUCGUCGUGUGUAAACAUUACUAAUUUUCCUGUGAUAUAUGAACAGUUAUGAUGUAUUUCCUCGAUGACAGCUCACGAACCUCCCACAUGUUCACAACAUUGAUUAUUCAAACAAAAAUGAAAUCAAGCUCAUGAAAUAUAAUUUAUCAUGUGUUAUCAUAACAAGUACGUGAAAUGUCUUUUAUUUUAACGGAAUUGUAUUCAAUGAUAACUUAAUGGCAAUUGUAUUUUUGUAGAAAUUCUAGAAUUUUCAUGAAAUAUGUCUUAGUGACGUAAUUUUCAUAAACUCAUCUCAUGAAACUGUCUCUAAAGAAAAAAAAAAUGUUUAGCAGCGUUUCACUGUCCAUUGCUAAAAUUCCACAUGAAGAAAUCCGUGACGAAGUUUCUGCUCUCUAUAAAUAAGUACAUGUAAAAAUCACCAAUUUAUAUUUAGCAUUUCUUUCAAAGCAAUUCAUCCAUUAUUCUUAAGAAGGUAUCUCUUAAUUACAUCACUGUCACUGCUGAUCAUUGAGGGUUUUCUUACUUUAACUCACAAACAGAAAAUGAUUCCAUGACGUAUUCAUAUCAGUCGCACGGUUGUACUAACUACAGACAAAUAAACAUUAUAAUUGCGAUAUAAUAAAUUAGGUAAUAACACAGUGAGAUUAAGCAAAAAUCUGUACCAAAAAACAAAAAAAAGAAUGAAAUGAUGACGGUUUAUUAGUUACGAGUUUUAAGUCUAAGAAUAUGCUAUCUAUGAAAUUAUCGCUACAAAUAUUGCAGUUGUUUUCCUAUAUGAGCACUCUGACUAACCAAAAUGGAAAGAACUUAAUUUCUGAAUUCACACACAUAUGUUUAUAUAUAUAUAUAUAUAUGUAUAUAUAUAUAUAUAUAUAUAUAUAUAUAUAUAUAUAUAUAUAUAUAUAUAAGUUGAAACUUCGUUCAGAGAGAGAAAGGGGGCGGGGCAGAAAGGGAGAAUGAAACAGCACAUUUGCUCAUUUUGUUGGUCCCUAAACGGAGAAAAAUGUGUUGUCUUCAUCCUCGUGGUGGUAAAUCAAUAUAAUAGUGUACACAUGUAACACCAUAUGUGCUGAUUCGUGGAGUUACUGACUUAUUAAAUAAUUGUUCAUGUAUAUAUCUGUUAUCGAUGGUCUAUGAAUUGUUCAAUAAAAGUUAUCAAACAUCUU